CGGGCUACCAUCUUUAAUACCUAGGUAAUUAUCCCCCGCUCCAAAACAACAUACCUUGUAGAGGCUUAAGAGCUCGAAUGACGUCUCCGGGGGCGACUCAUACUCGGUCUCAUGCAUCAUGGCGCCAGUCUCCGCGUGGGCGAAAGAAGCUCUCGCAGCUGUCAACGGACAACCUAUUGAAGUAGCAGCCCCCACCCACGCCGAACCUGAGGAAGAAGACCAGUCCCCAUCCGACGAUGAAUGGAACGGCCAGCCCUGGCAAUGCGAUCUGCCGCCCGAGUUCACAGCCACCUUCUACCCGUCCCAUCAGGCCGUGCGCGAGGUCAUUGACGCCUGGGCAGCUGAACGAAAUAUCGAUCUCACCUCGGUUAGGACCUGUCGCGAAAAGGGAGAGCUUUUCAAGGAGGUCCUAGGGUGUCGCCACCGUCUGCAGCGCCGCGAUGUCCCAGAGACAGGUCAUCGUCAUACCACCACCGCCAGGACGGCGCUUUGCACCUGGCAGGUUGUGGUACAGACCAAAAAGUCCAACAAUGGGCUCUGGAGCAUCCGCAUGUACAAGAAUCUACACACGGGACAUGCCCCGUACCAACAGUUCAAAGUCCGGAGGCGAGCCACCCGGUCUAGGGAUCUGUUCACAACCAAAGAGCACGCCGCUGAGUUCACCCGCCUUGCUGUCGAUCCCACCGUGCCAUCCAAAACCAUUUUCGACCACAUGACCAACAAGUUCCCAGACGCUGGCUUCGAGAUCGCCGAUAUAUACAGAUACAGGGCCGACCUUCGCCGGGCCCGCCGCCAUGGUGACCCCGCAGCCGAGGCCACCUUCCGCACCGCAGAGUCGGGCUCACUUCCUGAACCGGACCCAGUGCCAGCUGCUGCUGUCAAUACCACGGCGACCAGUUUCGGCUCUGUCACAAAGCCCAAGCGGAAGUCUCCGGCAGAGCGCAAGCUCACAACUCCCGAGCUCCAAGCCAUGGAACGGAUGUUUUUGUCACCACAUAUCAGUGUUGUCGAUAUCGCCAAGGCUUUCAAGAUAGGCUCCAAGACGGUGAUGAAACACAAAAAACGGUUCGAGAGUGCUGGGAAGGUUACGCGGAAAACACCAGAACCCAAAUUCAAGCAGUUCCACCUGGAAAAACUUCUUGAGCUGCUCGACAAGGACGACAGCCUUGCGCUAAGCGAUCUCCAAAGGUUCCUGGCCGACAACUAUAAUGUCAAAGUCAGCAGGGCCUGGAUCAGUACAAAGCUCACGCGCGCAAACCGAGCGCGGAAGUUCAAACAAACCCAGCAGCCGAUCGAAGAAGCUGCUGAAUUCGAAGAGGUCCCAAUCGAAGUUGACGCUAGUGCAGAUCCCCUACCUGAGCAGGAGGAGGUUGGAGCAGAAAUGCAGCUUGAACCGAUGCUUGAGCCCGCGGCCGAAGAGAGGCAGGAAGAUGCAAGCGGAGAGCUUGAGUCUAGGCUGCUGCCAAUGGAUAUAGAUCGACAUGCCGAGAGGGACGGUCAACCGUUGUUCUCAUGUCCAUAUUACAGAAAUGAUCAGUGGAGGUUCAUCAACAGCACCACAUGUCGAUCGGGUUUCCCAAGCAUCCCGGAUUUGAAGUCACAUCUAAGCCAGUAUCAUACCAACCCAAGGUAUAUCUGUUUUCGCUGUGAUGAAAUCUUCAUAGACAGCCCAAGCCUCGAGCAGCACCAAAGACAGGAAACUGCCUGCCCGCUACGGGAAAGAGAGUACCGUGUUGGCAUGAGCUGGGAACAGGAAGACAAAGUCCGCAAGCAGCAGGCGAUACCCCGACAAGGCCAGACUCACGCAUGGCUCAAAAUUUACGACAUUUUAUUCCCAGGAUCGAGCCUGGCGGCAUCUACCCCUAUGAUAGACGUUGCUGCGAAUACGGCUGCAACAGGUAUCGAUCCAUUCUUAUGGGAGAGCGAACGCAACGUUCCAUCUGAACUGCAAGGCACAUGAGAAAAGACUCAAUCGGAUUGUGCGGCUGACUCAGUUGCGUCGUUAAAUGCCAUCAAGCACAAUUUAAUGAGCGUAAAGAUGGAUCUGCACGCACAGGGACGUGCAUAAAACAGUCAUUUGCCUUAUUUUCGGCUUUAAUAUCCUUGAAAAGUCCAAUGUACUUGUUUGGGGUAACAUGCCCAAACUGUCAAGUCCUUGUCAAGUCAGUUCACUCGUUAUCAGCGUGAGUAGGUACUGAGAUGGUUGGUAUCCCACGUCGCCCAACGGUUAAAUGGUCGGCUGAGCCUGUUGGGGUCAAACCAGUGUUGUGAGAGGCAACCUGAGCAGCAACGGUAUUGAUUAACUGCCCGUCAUGCAGGUUCGCCACAUUAUGGCCUGUCAAGUUGAGAAACAUGGCAUCGGAACAAAAGAGGCCGAGUGCAGUCGAGCCCCCGCACACUGGCGGCCAUGUAUCCGAGGAGGCGGGGUGCGUCUGCAUAUCACGGCGUUGCCCGUGGGGACUUUGCCUCCGCUGGAAUAAGAUUGCUUUGCGGUGAAAGAAGCUGAGAAAUAUUGGAAUGGAUGGGGGGAUUCAUUCCAUAUUCGGACAUUUGUGGCGAUCAUCUAGCAUCGGCUCUUUCACCCGGGCAGUAGGCAGCCGGCCAUUUCCAUGGUACUACAGCAAAUGCCUCGUCAUUUUCUAAGCGAGCAGGGGAAGUGAUGGGUUGCAAUCGAUUGCUUACUACCUACCUACCUACCUACCUACCUAC